CAUCUCUGACCCUGCAAGGACACUGUAGUUCUCCGAAACGGCUGAAGAGAGAAAUUGGGAAAAGAAGUCACAUCACCUUAUGCUGGAGAGCGGCUGCUUUAAUGGAUCAAUUUGACAACCUUGAAAAACACACACAAUGGGGUAUUGAUGUGCUGGAGAAAUACAUCAAGUUUGUAAAGGAAAGAACGGAGAUCGAAAUCAACUAUGCAAAGCAACUUAGGAAUCUUUCGAAGAAAUAUCAACCCAAAAAGAACUCCAAAGAAGAGGAAGAAUACAAAUAUUCAUCAUGUCGAGCUUUCUUAGCCACUCUGAACGAAAUGAACGACUACGCUGGGCAGCACGAGGUCAUUUCGGAGAAUAUGACCUCUCAGAUCACAACUGAACUUGCCCGUUACGUACAAGAGCUGAAGCAGGAGAGAAAAUCACAUUUCCAUGAUGGCCGAAAAGCACAGCAGCACAUUGAGACCUGCUGGAAACAGCUUGAAUCGAGUAAACGAAGAUUCGAAAGGGAUUGCAAAGAAGCUGACAGAGCACAGCAGUAUUUUGAAAAGAUGGACGCAGACAUCAACGUGACGAAAGCAGAUGUUGAAAAGGCCCGUCAACAAGCUCAACUCCGUCAUCAGAUGGCUGAAGACAGCAAAGCAGAAUAUUCGUCCACAUUGCAAAAAUUCAACAACGAGCAGCAUGAACAUUAUUACACGCACAUACCCAACAUCUUCCAGAAAAUACAAGAAAUGGAGGAGCGACGGAUAGUCAGGAUAGGUGAAUCAAUGAAAACGUUUGCCGAGGUGGACCGACAAGUGACCCCAAUCAUCGGAAAGUGUCUGGAUGAGAUCACAAAAGCGGCAGAAUCCAUUGAUCAGAAGAAGGAUUCCCAAUUGGUCAUAGAGGCCUUUAAGUCUGGCUUUGAGCCUCCUGGGGAUGUUGACUUCGAAGACUUCACCCAGCCAAUGAAGCGCACCGUCUCAGAAUCCAGCCUUUCCAACUCCAGAGAUAGCAAGCCAGAAUCCAGGUUCAGUGGCAAAUCGAAGGGCAAGUUGUGGCCGUUCAUCAAGAAAAAUAAGCUUAUGUCCCUUUUAACAUCCCCCCAUCAGCCCCCUCCUCCACCCCCUUCCUCUGCCUCACCCUCUGCUGUUCCCAACGGCCCCCAGUCUCCCAAGCAGCAAAAGGAACCCCUCUCCCAUCGCUUCAACGAGUUCAUGACCUCCAAACCCAAAAUCCACUGCUUCAGGAGCCUAAAACGUGGGCAGCAGUCUCAGUCUUUGUAUUUUCACAAAGAGCUCAUGAAGAGGACUUUAGGCAAGCCCACGUAUGCCCUUGAGGCUAGGGAAUAUGUUCUUUCUCUCAAGCUGAUAACUUUGAAUAUGCAGGUGUGGAAUCUAAUGGAGGGUGGUGGACCAGAGGAUUUCAGCAAUCUCCCCCCUGAGCAGAGAAGAAAGAAACUCCAACAGAAAGUAGAUGAACUCAACAAGGACAUCCAGAAGGAAGUAGAUCAACGAGAUGCCUUAACAAAAAUGAAAGACGUCUACAUCAAGAACCCACAGAUGGGGGACGCAGCCAGCGUGGAUCACAAGCUAGCUGAACUUGGGCAGAACUUGGAGAAGCUGCGACAAGAGGCACAGAAGUUUGAGGGCUGGCUAGCUGAAGUAGAGGGGCGCUUAUCUGUACGAACUGAGCCAACACGCCGUCAGAGUGGGAUGUAUGAAUCUCAGAACACCCUCACUGUCAACAACUGUGCCCAGGACCGUGAGAGCAGUCCAGAUGGCAGUUACACAGAGGAGCCGAGCCAGGAGACUGAGGUGAAGGUGCCAGCGUCAGAGUUUGAUGAUGAGUUUGAUGAUGAAGAGCCCCUGCCGACUAUUGGGACAUGCAAGGCUCUGUAUACGUUUGAAGGCCAAAAUGAAGGAACCAUUUCCGUGACUGAAGGAGAGACACUGUUUGUCAUAGAGGAAGACAAAGGCGAUGGCUGGACGCGGAUUCGGAGGAACGAGGAUGAAGAAGGCUACGUACCCACCUCUUAUGUCGAGGUCUAUUUGGAAAAGAAUGCCAAAGAUUCCUAAAAGUGUUGGCUGCUGAUACAAGAGCCUCGGGGCGAGCUGGGCGCAGGAGGAGAAACAAUGGUCUGAUUUUUUAAAAACAAAACAAAACACCACCCUCUUCAUGGCAGGGCCAUUUUUGGUGUUUUUUGGGAAAACACCUCCAUUGUGUUAGGCUCACUCCUUUAGCUUGGAACAGAGUCAGCACUGGUGGAGUGGGGAAUAAAACUCCAACUGGGAAAAGAAAAGAAAGGAAAAGUCUCUUCCAUCUCAGCUCCUAGUCCAUCACUCAGUUGCUUGCUAAACUCUCCGGCAUGCCACCUGCUGCAUACAACUAACCCCUCAUCUUCCCUUCCCCAUUUGUCCAGUGCUAGCAUGGUUUGAGCAGGGUCUAACCUAGAAUGUAACCAGAUCCCCCUUCCAUUGUGUUGCUCUGCCCUCCAAGUAAACAGGUGCCAGAAAAUUCCCUUCAGGAGCCAGAUGCCCAUUCCUCACUAUGGACCUGAUGGAACUGUAUAGCAGAUGGUUUCCAAAUUUUUUUGCCAGGCAGGCCACCACCAUUGUUUCCAUUUUACAUAUGAGAAACUGAGGCCGAGAAAGAACAGCUUGCCAAUUGGUGCCUUCAGAGCCAAGGUGAGAUUCUAACUAUAAGCUGAACAGACUCCUUGCUUGUCUUCUUUCCUUGCAGUGAUAGACACAAAAUCCAACCGCCUGAAACGAGGAGUCACAAUUUAUUUCUGGAGUUUUGAGCUUCAGGUCUGACUGGGUAACUAGGUACAUUGGUUAGAGACAGUGGCCAAAAAUAGGAAUUCUUUCUUUGAAACCUAGCAAUAAUAUUGGCCUCUGCUAGUAUGGUUUGGUUUCUGACAGCUAAACUUGAUGGAUUUGCCAUUUGAUGGACUUGCCAUUCAAAAAGAAUGUUAAGAAACAGGAAAGAGUUAGAAGGAAAUGAUUUAAAGUAUUGCACAAACAGUGGAAAUCAUUCUAACUGUCAGACUUCAGAGUUGCUCCACUGUGAUCUCCCCAGAUUUUACUUUUAGUGUCUCUGGUGGAGUCCCUGUCUUCAUAUGCUUCGUAUGUGGUGCCAAAGUGAUGGCUCACACAUGAUAGGUAGACCCUUAAAAGGACUGGACAGCUAUUUCUCCCUUAUGUCUUCACCAGGUAUGAUUGGCUUGUUCAGUACUUUUCAUUGCAAAAGUACAGCUGCACUGCCCAGGCUAACAGGUGUUUCAGACAUUCAAGAAUGAAGACACAAAGAGAAGUAGAGCAGUGGCGGUUUUGUGCUCCCAGGAGGGAUUGCCAUGCACUUCAGAAGAUAGUGCGCAUUGAUAGAGUACAUUGUUGAUGAACUUGUUCCUCCUGAGACACAAGAAUCUGUGUGCUACAGCAUCAGGAGUGUAAGAGUGGAUGGAGCUGGCUAGCUGGUGGCCUUCCAGAUGUUGUUGCAUGAUCCAGCAACCUCUGCAAGGUUACAAGUUCUCUAGGUGAGGUCAUAUCAACAUGCAGGUUAGGUGAAGCCACACACAAACUCUUCAUUUGUUCUGCUUCAAAAUCUCACCUCAGCUAAGAACUCCCAUCUUGGCUUUUAGACACACUUCUUUUCUCGUUCACCUGCGAUAUGGAAGUUCUUCAGAGUGGUGAUCCUAAGGAGUGCUGAGCUCGCGUAGACAAAGUGCCUAAGCCUUAAUGAACUGCAUCCGUACUAUACAAGCAGUGGAACCAUUAAUAAAUAUUAAAACAUUAUUUUUUAAAACCAGUGCCAGUCACUCCUGUGUCUAAAAAAAAUCUUGUUGAAAUGAUGGUCACCCUCCUAUGAUGUUUAGGAAGAACUAAUUCCUCCUGUGAUCAGUUUGGCUUUUUCUCCCUGCAUUGUCAAGAUGGACCACCUAGUAGCCCAUUCUCACAUGCCAUCGUGGCAAAGGCUGCCUGGCCACCAAACAAACAUAGCUGUGAGCCACAAAGCCAGGUAUGCUUGCUUAACCUGUUUGUAUUUUUCAGCAUACAUGAGAAAACCCAAAUCAUGCCCCAAAGGAAAAGCGCAAUUGCAUGAAGGCAGGGGUCCCUCAGGAAACCAACCCCAGUUCAUGGUUUGAGUUGGUGCCUGCCAGUUGUUCAGAGCCCCCCUCCCAGAGACUAUGUACUGCUGCCCCCAAUUUUGCCCCCAAACACCCUCUAGGGGCCAUGGGGCCUUUCCACCAUGUCUUUAGUCCUGCCUGGGCCAUUUUAGGUCCUGAAGGAACUUAUUUUAAAAUAGGAAGUGGCUUUUAAAAAAAAGGCCUCUCCUGAGUCUAAAAUGCCCUAGGGGGAACCAAAAACAUCACAUAAAUGUCCCCACACCCCCUAUAAGGCUUUUGGGAGUAAUACCCUUAGGUGGGCCUGUGAGGGGGACACCUGUGGACUAUGGACCACAAUUUGCCCACUCCUGCUUUACAGCCUAAUUUUGCCCCUUCUCUGAGGUCCGGUUUGCUGAUCUGGUCCCCUCCAUUGAGUUUUGCCCUUGAGACUGCAUCUUUCUCUACUUGCCUCUGGAGGAAGCAAGUUUCACCUCCACCCCCCUUUUCAGGCUGGCAAAAUAUCAUUUUCUCUGCUAUUUUGCUGACUGCCAAGGUUUUAGCAGAAUCGCCAGUCUGCACUUGCUAGGGGCAAAGUAUGCGCUCACUCUGCUGACUCUUGAGCGCAUGCUGGCAGCCCAGAGUGAAGGCCCCCCCAAUGCUCCCAGCAAGACCACCGCUGCCUGAGUCCGCCAACCGGCUCCUCUGUGUGCCACAGACCUCCGUUUCCGCCGUCUCUCUGCCCGCAUGCUCGCCCUGUUGCCUUGCCUGAGCCUGCCUGUUAUUUUUAAAGGUGCUCUCUUUAAUCUCCGCUGCCAUUUUUAAUUUAUUUGGUUAUUUCAUUCAGCAUAGCAAAGAGCUGCCCUCCUCCCUUUUGCAUGCUGCCUCCACACACGCUUACCCUAUUUAUUUCAGCUUGUCCAAAACCACGUCCAACUGAAGUUGCACUCUGAUUUACCCUCCCCUUUCCCUACUCCCACCUUGUUGCUGUUCCUGUUGUGGCACAGCCUUCACUUGGCUCUGCUUUGAAUUCUCUCUUGGUGAUACAACACUGUCAACGGAAAGGGAAGCAGCACCAGCAGCGUCUCUGCCCAGAGAUGAUGCAACAUUGCUGCAUGGGCAAUUCCUUGCAAACUGGCUCGCUGCACAAAGCUCUCCUACGUUUGGUUUUGCACUCACCGCCUAAACUUCCAGGCAGCUGCCAUUCUUGGAUCAGGUGGAAUUGCCCAGGGCAGCCCCUCACUUAAGAAGCCACCAGCUGAGAGCCAGAAGAGCCCAGCCUGUGAAUCACAUUUAUCUGAAGCCUUCCUUGGAAGAUGGCCCAGCUCUCCUUCUAGUCCACAUGGGCAGGUGAAUAUACAGGCACCAUGGAAUGGAUUUUCAUUAUCACCUCACCUGCAAUUGCUUUCAGUGAAGGAGGUUUGACUAGACAAAUGGUGUGUGCAUGAGACAGGAUGCAGCAGAGAGAGAAUAUUUAGAUAGGACACCUUGCAGUGUGGCAGUGAAUUAAUCCAGCUGGCUAUUGGCCACCAUCCAGAGGGCCCCAGAGAUUUGGCUCCCAGCAUCUCCAGCCCUGCAAAGGACUCCUCUCUCUGAGGGAUGCUGCUGGUGAGUUGAGGCCCAUUUUGAGACCUAAAUGGUUCCAAUGCUCUGAUGCCAUACCUGGCAAUUUCCUGUGUGGCAACAAUAGCAGGUGGGCACUCCAUACCAUUCACCCACCAUUUGCCCUGUUUUUCCUGUUGGUAGCAAGAAACAUGAUAAAGUUUCCCUUUGCUAGUUGGGUUCAGCAGUGGAUUAGAGAGGAUCACCUGCCAGCAAAACCAAAGCAGAACCCCCAUGUUCAGAGGCAGUCUUGUCUGAAUACCAGUUGCUGGAGGAGUAAAGAGUGCACUGCUGCUUUUGUGUCAUGCUUUUGAGUUGGGAGAAACAGGAGGCUGAGCUUCAUGGGCUUUUGGUCUGAUCCUGCCUAAUUCUUUCACUUGGGGAAACAGCAUGUUCUAUCCACCCAGCCCUGCAAGGUACCAGCUGCCUUUGUAUUGUCUUCUUUUAUGUUAAGUAGACUUGUAAAGUGAGGUGUACCUUUUGUUGUGGAGGAAUGGCUGCAGUUGGGUAGGAUCCAGCUGUGUUCCCUCUCUUCCUGGCAUUCAGUCCUGCCACAGGAGACUGGGGGAAAGAUGUAGGGAGAUGCCUUCACCCUUGCCAUAGUAGAAAGGUAGACCAGGGAUCAUGGCACUCUAGAUGAGAAUCUAAACAUUGCUGCUCCCAAUGGAUAGUCUCUGUCCUGACUUCUUACUGUGCUGUUUUGGUUGCACUUCAGAAAAGUUGUCAGAUGGAGAAGGAGGGGAAAUGAAUAGGUGACUCUAGCAGGAGAAAGGAAGCCCUGAUGUGAAUUUAUGAGUAAUACCCUCAAGUGCCAUCAUGCCUACCCUCAAAGGUCACCAGCUGAUUCUGAAACACAGAAUGCGGCAGCAGCAUCCUGGAAUCCUCAAGAAGGGCUGGUGCCACAGCUGAGUGUUUCUCCUUUCUGAAAACAUCCAAACACCCUUAAGAGCCAGGCCAUCCAAGUAUGCCCACAGUGCCAUGACAGAUGGAUAGCUACUGGAAAGGAAUUUUUACCUUACGCAUUGGAAACAAACAAAUGAGGAAUCAGUUCUUCCUCUUCUUUCUCUCUCUCUUUUUUAAUUGUCACCAAUGUAGGAUUUAAAAGAGAAAAUCUGCUUCUCCCUAUACAUAUAUGUAUAACAUAUCUAAAUAAUAUGGUGGACAGUAUAUUAUUGUCACCUUAACAGGAAUGUCCAAUUGAUUGCAGCAUCCCAAGUGGCCACAUCCAAAACAAGGAGCUUUUACUGCUGCCUCUGUAACAUAAGUCUGUGAAGAGACAAGUCCUAGGAGUUUUUACAAACUGACAGUGGAUUAUUGACCUUUUGGGAACAUGAAGUCCUCCCUCAAGGGGGAAAAUUCAGUCAUUUAGGAGUGAGAGAUGACAGCGGAGGUUCCUGCACCAGAGCCUACGAGGCAUAACUGAGGAUGCAGCUAAGUCACUGACACAAUACACGCUAGUGAACUGCAAUGAGGCACAAUGGGGCACCACACAAGAUGUCCUAUUUCACAACUAGGGCUUGCUUUGCACAUUGGGACAUGUUGUGUGUCAGGGCAUGUUGUGCGACAACCACACUGCUAGUUCCACUUGUGCAGUGGUGCCAAAGACAUAGUUCCAUCUUUGCUGAGAAUAUAAAUGAUGUGCAAUCACAAUUCACCUUCGUGCAAUUGUAAGUUGGUUUACAAUGUUGUAGCUUCCCAACAGGAUGCCAAGCGUUAUUUCUCUUCCACUAAAUACAUAUCUGAAGAAUGCACUUGGCAUGCUCUUGCCAUGAGGGCCUUGGCCCAGAAUUGGGAAUUGCAGAGGAGAAUCAAAACAGAUGCCAUGUUUUUAGAGCUGUAGUGAGCCCAAAGGCACCCUUGCUAAUGUUCCACAUGUUGCUCUUCCAUCAGGACAUCAACACCUCUUUAUUAAAUACAUAAAUAAAGGACUGAAUUAGUUAAAAGCAACGAAAGGCACUCAUUUGGUAGCAUCUCUUCCUCCACAAGGCCCAGAGAACAAGUUUAGAUCUUUGUCUUAGACCUAACGCUAGAGAAUGGGUGCAAACAGAGCGAUGCUGUGCCAAUUAAAAGUAAUAUUUAUAAUCAGUUAAAAUUGGCAACCCAGAAGCAGUGGGGGCAACUGCUACAACCUUUGGGUUGACAUUGUUGUGUGUGCGAAGCAAGUAGUGGCUGCUCUUAAAAUAUUACCGUACUUCUCUCUUUGGUAGCUGUAGCUUCCAUGUGGAGGAAGUUUGCCACCUGCGUAACGCAGUCCGACCCGCAGGCUGCAAAUGGGCUUCAACAGGGAUGGUUGGUGCCUUUCAGGUGCAGAAAGACAGAUCCAUAGCACUGGAAGUCUGAAAUUUAGAACAAUUUAGAUGUGUUUCAAAGCCUCCUCAUUCACUUCAGUAGACAGAGCAGCUCUGUGCACAAAAAGAACUAGGGAUGUGGCGGUGCCUCUGUAGAGAUCUGUGCAAAGCCUUGGGAAUUUAACUUGAAGAUGAAUUUUGCAGCCAGUUUAUAAAAACUCUUUGACUUUCUCAUAAUCCUACUGAAGCGGGAGGCAGGGGAGUAUGGACUCUUGCCUCGAAACCCACCCUGUGCUCCCUCUCCCUAAUCCCCUUUCUUAACAUUUGUAAAUAGACAGAAGAAAAGAAACAUAUUUACUGAAAAGUUGUGUUUUAAUGCUGAAUAUUUUUCAAAGGUUCUGCUGCGUAUUGGUUCCAUCCUUCCUCUCAUGCUUGAAGUGUCAAAAAGAUUUUAAAAAAAUAAAUGAAUAAGCCAAAUUAUAUUUUAACAUAUAAUAUAAUGUCAAGCACUUUUUUUUAAAAACAACAACAAAAAAUUAUUUGUGUGUUUAGGCACUGGAUUCUUUUACCUUGGUUUUGGUGGCAUCGAAAUAUGUUUGUGUGCGUGUGCGUGCGUGUGUAUGGUUUCAUAGCCCAAAAAGUGUAAAGACGUUCUGGUGUUUUGAUCCAUUUGUUUCUGGCGACAGAAUUCUACCAAAUAAAGUGCUUCCAUUUGAAAGCGA